UAUCACUCCUUUUUUCCGUCACUAUUCAUAGACUAUAAAGACAUCCUCAAUCACUGUUGGUAUGAAACCUUAGUAAAGUCUAAAAUUCUUGUUAUAUAUAGCUGGGUCAUUCCAUCCAUUAUAUUGUUUUGGCAAUUGUUUUCAUUUUCAGAAAGUAAGAAGAAUUGUGGAAGUAAUUAAGAUGUAUGCACCAGCACCACCAAAUGUUCCGAGCAUGGCUGGAUCUGAGUGGACUCACACAGCUCAUCGACCUUAUCAUAGUAACGUUGGUUUUGGUUUUUUUGGUCGAUACUUUUCUAACUUGUGCAUUGCCCUCUCUUCUUGCUUCUACUUCCUAUGCUGCUGUUGGGCCCUAGAAGAUUGUAUUGGCAGACCACGUUGGGAAAUAGGCCAUAGUGACCCUCGUCCAGGCCCAAUUUCAGGCCCAUUUGGACCCAAUCCACCAGAUAUUCCGGUUACACUUCCUGGCCCACCAGGUCAGCCCGCGCGAGCUGAGGCUCUAAUUGGGUGAUCUACGACAACAAUAUACCUAAUAUAUUUCCACCAGGUGGGUCUGGGAGGAUAGAGUAUACGCAGGUUGAAAUUCAACCUUUUAUCGCCUAGCUGUUUACUCUAAGAUGGACCAAAGUCAGAUACUUGUAAUAAGCGUUCAGCUAUUUCGAUAAUGCAAGAAAAAAAAGGGACAUGUGAAUGAUAAUAUGUAAUAUUAUAGCAUAUGCUGAAUAGUUGUAUGUACUAUAAUGUGGUUCUAUGUUUGUUGGAUAA